CAGUCCAUAACUGCAGCCUCUACCAGCCACAGCCAGACUGCAGAGCAGAGAGCAGCAUGGCUAAAUGUGAAAAAUGUGGACCUGGCUAUCCUACUCCUCUGGAUGCUAUGAAAGGACCCCGAGAGGAGAUUGUCUACCUGCCCUGCAUCUAUCGAAACACAGGCAUACAGGCACCUGACUACCUGGCCACUGUUGAUGUGGACCCCAAGUCUCCUUACUACAGCCAGGUGAUACACAGGCUGCCAGUGCCACACCUGAAAGAUGAGCUGCACCAUUCAGGCUGGAACACCUGUAGCAGCUGCUUUGGAGACAGCAGCAAAUCCCGCACCAAGCUCAUCCUGCCCAGCCUCAUUUCUUCCCGCAUCUAUGUGGUGGAUGUGGACUCAAAUCCCAGGGCCCCAAAGCUGCAUAAGAUUGUGGAGCCCACAGAAGUGAUGUCGAAGUGUGACCUGGCCUACCUACACACCAGCCACUGUCUGCCCAGUGGGGAGGUGAUGAUCAGCGCCCUGGGGGAUCCUAAGGGCAAUGCUAAAGGAGGGUUUGUACUGCUAGAUGGGGAGACAUUUGAGGUGAAGGGGACAUGGCAGAAGCCUGGAGGUGCCGCUCGAAUGGGCUACGACUUCUGGUAUCAGCCUCGGCACAACGUCCUGAUCAGCACUGAGUGGGCUGCCCCCAAUGUGUUCAAGGAUGGCUUCAACCCUGCAGAUGUCUCUGCUGGGCUGUAUGGGAGCCAGAUGCAUGUCUGGGACUGGCAGCGUCGGGAGCUUGUACAAACUCUACAAAUGCAGGAUGGGCUAAUCCCUUUGGAGAUCCGAUUCCUGCAUGACCCAGCUGCCUGCCAGGGCUUUGUGGGGUGUGCCCUCAGCUCGAAUAUCCAGCGCUUCUACAAGACUGAGGGAGGGAAGUGGGCAGUUGAAAAGGUGAUCCAGGUGCCAUCCAAGAAAGUAGAGGGAUGGAUGCUGCCUGACAUGCCAGGCCUGAUCACAGAUAUUAUCCUGUCACUUGAUGAUCGAUUCCUCUACUUCAGCAACUGGGUGCAUGGUGAUCUGAGGCAGUAUGACAUCUCAGACCCUCAAAAGCCCCGCCUGACUGGACAGAUAUUCAUUGGGGGCAGCAUUGUUCGGGGAGGCCCAGUGAAAGUCCUGGAGGAUAAGGAAUUGAAAUGUCAACCAGAGCCCUUGGUGGUCAAGGGUAAGAAGAUUCCAGGGGGUCCCCAGAUGAUCCAGCUCAGCUUGGAUGGAAGGCGUCUCUUUGUCACCACCUCCCUGUACAGUGCUUGGGAUAAGCAGUUCUACCCUAACCUCAUUAAGGAGGGCUCAGUGAUGCUGCAGAUUGAUGUAGACACAGAAAAGGGGGGCCUGACACUGAACCCUGACUUCCUGGUGGAUUUUGGGAAGGAACCUCAGGGCCCAGCUCUAGCCCAUGAGCUCCGCUAUCCUGGGGGUGACUGCACCUCUGACAUCUGGCUCUGAAACCUGCCCCUCCCCUACUCCUGAGCCUACACUCCUCCGGCUCUGUAAGGCCUAGGCUUCUUGGUAGAGGCCUCUGUUCCUUUCCAAAAGCCUUCUGGCUUCCUUCCCCAUCCUGUCCCACCACAGCCCUUUAGAGAAUCUAGUCUGGAGUCUUGAGAAUUAGCUCCCUCUUUUGGAUCCCUAAUUGUGUUUUGCUCAUUACCUGCUAUUUUUAUAUGGCUUCUUGGCUGACUUUAGUGUUGCCAUUAUCUCCCCAUCCCCCCACUCCCAGGUGGUGGGCAUUAAAGAAUAAACUGAAUACUUUC